ACGCCUUCUUCUCAAUCUCCUAUACUCUCAUUCCUACCAUACUCUUCUUCUCUUGCAAAUCUUAUUUUCAUCCCACAAAAACUUAACAAAAAAUCCAGCAAAAUGUCUCUCACAAUUCCCACAAAUCUUUCUACAGCCAUUGCUACACCAAAGCUGAAUUCCCAGUUCAGCACAAAGCCCAGAGCUGCAACAAUUGUAUGCUCAGCUAAUUCUCCCAACCAAAGCACAUCAACCUCAGAGCAACCUUCACCACCAUCACUCAAGGCAUUUUCUGCAGCUCUUGCACUUUCUUCCAUUCUUUUAUCGGCCCCGGUGAUGCCCGCCUCGGCCGACAUCGCUGGCCUCACACCAUGCAAGGAGUCCAAGCAAUUUGCCAAGCGCGAGAAGCAAGAAAUCAAGAAACUUGAGUCAUCCCUGAAGCUUUAUGCCCCUGAUAGUGCUCCUGCUCUUGCUAUUAAGGCCACUAUCGAGAAGACCAAGCGCAGGUUUGAUAAUUAUGGAAAGCAAGGGCUGUUGUGCGGAUCGGAUGGAUUGCCUCACUUGAUUGUGAGUGGAGACCAAAGACACUGGGGUGAAUUUAUCACCCCAGGGAUUUUGUUCCUGUACAUUGCUGGAUGGAUUGGGUGGGUAGGCAGGAGCUACUUGAUUGCCAUCAGGGAUGAAAAGAAACCAACAGAGAAGGAGAUCAUCAUUGAUGUCCCCUUGGCCUCGAGACUCGUGUGGAGAGGAUUCAUCUGGCCCGUCGCCGCCUACAGAGCGUUCGUGACUGGAGAUCUCAUUGACCCUACUGUCUAAAUCCAUUAUCAGUUUAGGCACAGACAUGGAACCCCAGGGACCGAAGAUGAAGUGAAAGGCUUGAAUUUUGGAUCUUGCUCGGGAAAAAAAAACAGAUGAUGGAAAAAAUCUUGUAUCUGGAAGUUGUAAACUCAAAUGUAUCUAUUCGUUUCUUUGGAGUGACACCAACCAAUAGAAGAUGCUUAAUUUUCUUUUGGGUGAUCAAUCAAUUCUGAGUAAUGCAUGUCCAGUAUUUCAUUUUUUUCA